GUCGCGGCGGCCCGGGCCCCCACCCCCGCCGGGAGUCCGACGUGGAAGUUGCUGGCUGACCUGGCUUGAGAGGAGACCGCCUUGGAGCCGCGGCUGGAGGCUAAAGCUAGCGGAGGUGGCGGCGCCGAGGCUGGAAUAGCAGUCGUUGCCGAGUCGAGGCCUUCCUCCGAGGACCGGCGAGGGCCGACUGGCGGGUCAUCAUGGGUGGCUUUUUCUCAAGUAUUUUUUCCAGUCUCUUUGGAACCCGGGAAAUGAGGAUUUUAAUUUUGGGAUUAGAUGGUGCAGGAAAAACCACAAUUCUGUACAGAUUACAAGUUGGAGAAGUUGUUACUACUAUUCCUACUAUUGGAUUUAAUGUAGAGACGGUGACAUACAAAAACCUUAAAUUCCAAGUUUGGGAUUUAGGAGGACAGACAAGUAUCAGGCCAUACUGGAGAUGUUAUUAUUCAAACACCGAUGCAGUCAUUUAUGUAGUAGACAGUUGUGACCGAGACCGAAUUGGCAUUUCUAAAUCAGAGUUAGUUGCCAUGUUGGAGGAAGAAGAGCUGAGAAAAGCCAUUUUAGUGGUGUUUGCAAAUAAACAAGACAUGGAGCAGGCUAUGACUCCCUCAGAGAUGGCAAACUCACUUGGAUUACCUGCCUUGAAGGACCGAAAAUGGCAGAUAUUCAAAACAUCAGCAACCAAAGGCACUGGCCUUGAUGAGGCAAUGGAGUGGCAAGUAUUGUAUUUCUAGAAGCCAUCUCAGCAGCUUAUCACACAGGUUAGUUGAAACAUUAAAAAGCAGACAGUAAUUCAAUCACUUCAGCUCCUCUGAAAUGAAGGCUACAUCACAUUCUCUUUGGAAACAGGCAGGUGUGCUUCAUAUCACUAAAUGUUGAAACCACACGAUUGUUGGCAUAUUACAGAACUGACUACAAAGUUCAUAAUAAACACAAAAAAUGAAGUAUUUGGUUAGAGGGGUAACUUGAUGAAUCAUCUGGGUAUUCUGUGUAAUGUAAAAACAUUCUUUCCUUGCUUUCUUGUGUUAAGGUAUAUAUUCUAUUUGUAUGGAAUUCUUAUUCAAAUACAGUUCUAUUAAAGAAUGUACUCUUCUUGGGGGGAAGCCCGCCUAUUUUUGAA